AAACUACGUACUCCAGUAGCCUAUGCACGUCUCCACUGUUCAAGCGCAUACUGGCACAGAGAACUGUAAGGUGUACGGUUGGUGACGCUCCCCGAAGAUUAGAAAAGUUAGCGCGAGGAAAGAGUUGGAAAAUACCAUGUUUCAAAUGUAAAUGAUGGCAGCUAUGGUAGAGUCAGACAACCGUACUGGGAUUCUGCUUCGAUGUAGAUCGGAGGGAACACUGAUAGAUCUAGAUGAUAAUGUGACCAUCAACAACAAACCCGACCUUCAUGGGAGCUAUGCUCAUCAGAUUGGAAAAACCUCUGAGUGGCCUGAUCUACCGAAAAAGAUUGAAUAUCCAAAACAUAGUACCAACCCCUUCUGGAAUCAGCUGGGCCAAUCAAAUCCGUUCUUAAAUGAAAUCGUCCACCCGAGCACCUAUGAUUCUGGUGUGUCCAUCCUGAAAGAGGAUCCCAUAUCUUUGUUUGAUAAUAAUAACGAUGACGCAGUCAGCACAUCUUCAGAUGAAGCAAACUAUGCCCAUCUUUUAGCACCCAGACAAGGCAAUCUAAAUCGAUCUGGGAGGUGGAGAAGCGCCUCAGAUAUUCUUGAAAGUCUUGAGAAAAAGGAAAACAAGAGGGAAACGAGACUGAACUCUCAAGGACCAUUCCUGAAUCCUGAUUUUGAGUGGUUGAAAAAUGACAGAGAAGCUUACAAAUUGGCUUGGCUGAGUCAUAGACAGCUAACAAGGUCCUGCUUGGACCUCAGUCAAAUGAAGCAAAGUCCUGGAUGGGCUCAAACCCAGGCUACAGAUAUUCAAAUCACCUGCAAGAUUGACCACAAUGGAGGCUCAGUACAGUUGCCCGACACUGAUAUCACAGCUCAUGUUCCCCAGGGACACGUCCCCCCAGGUGUGAUCCAGGAAAUUGCCCUCAAAGUUCUCCUCAAUCCUCCCACUGGAAUAAACAACAACUACACCACGACUCUGAGCCCUCUUUUAGAGGUCAACCUCAGUAACCUCAGUGUAUCAGGGGGCAUUUUGCUGGAAAUGAGAAUGGCUGCUAAAGUUAGGAAUGACCCCACAAGCCACGUUAUGACUUCACUUGUGGGUCUGGUCUCGGAAAGGAAAGAGGGACCUUUUCAGAAGUUAAAAGACUGUUAUGUAUACAAUGGUGUGUUACAAAUGAAGCUCCUGGAUUUAAAACCUUGCAUGUAUGUCAUAACUGCUGCUGAGGCCACAGUUCUAGAACCACCUGCCAUGUCAGUAUGGGAUUACUUGGAUCGCUUUGUUACUGUGGCUAUCUAUGGUCCAAAGCACAUACACCCAUCCCUCAAAGUGGUGCUGGUCAUCUCAUUCCAUAACAAUAUUCCUCCUAGACUCCCGUUCUCUGACAUCCAGAGGGGUAACAGGAACCUGCCCCCUGUUGUCUUGGAACUUUGGGGAAAACAUCAAUUCAACCCACAUGGUCUUAAAGAUCUUCACAUUGCUUCAAAUGUAUUGAACUCAAACUUUAAUGUGAAAUCAAUGGAUCGAAGUAAAGAAAUCAAACAGGAGCAGCUUAAAGCUGGUCGAGUGCUUCAUAUACCAUUGGAGCUGGCCAAGGUGGGUGGAGGUGAGAUGAGUCCAUUCAAACUCAACAUUGAGGUGAAAGACUCAAAGAGUCUCGCUUUGGGAGACUUUUACAUUACCUCUCCUGACACUGCCCCUCUGAGAUCAGACAAACAUGGCCAUAGGUGGUCAGACCGUCAGAGAGAAGUGACUCGUUCCAUGCCCAUUCCAGAGGAAUCCAUCCCAGAAGUCCUUACCGAGAAAUUUCAGGACAGGCCUGUGAAUUUGCUGUGGUACGGGGUAGCAAUAAAAUCAAUUCUCAGACAACCGAGAGUUGAAUAUCUACUGGAAUAUUUUAAAGGUGAUACAAUUGCUUUGCUCUCCAAUGAAACUGUUAGAUCUGUAGGUCAGCUGAAGGUUAAGGAGUGGUAUAUGGGUUUUCUUCGUGGAAUGAUUGGCCUUGUGCACUGCAAGAACCUUAAGGUCAUAACCAAGGAUCAAGUCAUCGACUUCACUGGAAUUAAGCUCACCACUCAAGUUCUUCUGGACAAUAUGACUAUUCCUUUUAAGAAACUCACGUACAUGUACUCUGCUAUUCAGACCCUGGUCACAGAUCAUGUAAAAUGCUGGAAAACCUUUGCUGAGGCUCUCGGAUACUCUGAUGUCUCCAUUGAUGCUAUCUCCAGGAGACAUGCUGAAACAGAGGCAGAAAAGGUGGCGUGUGUUCUUGAAAAGCUGAAGGAAGACUGUCAUGCCGAGAAGAUUAAGAAAAAGUUUCAGCAUGAGCUUAUUAUUGGGUUGUUAAAGAUGGAUGCUCAAGGCCUUGUAGCCCAUAUCAUCCAGGACAUAGUAAUUCUGUCCACAGCAGUCGAGCUUGGAGCCCGUUGGAGAGAACUUGCAGAGCGACUCGGGAGGCUCUCAAACACUCAGAUUGCUGCAUAUGAGGCUCCACACAGAGGGAAAAAUGGAGAAGUUGGUACACAGUCCAUGUGGAAGCCUGCAUAUGAAUUCCUGUAUGCCUGGAGUAAGCGGUACGGUGAAGGCUACAGGGAUAUGAUCCAGGACCUUCACCUGGCCCUGGAUAAGAUGAAGAGCCCAGUGACCAAGCAGUGGAGACAUAUCACUGGAGCUCUCAUCACGGUUAACUGCAUGGAGAUCCUGAGGGCCGCCACCAUACUCAGAGAUUAGGGCCGGCACUUUCAGAGCACCCCCACUUCAUAUUGAGGUGAACCUGCUGAGUUCAUGUGUGCCUUAUUUUUUUACAUGAUAACAUAUCCAACCUUGAUGGCAUUUUUUCUUUUAAAAGGACUGAAUUUUUGUUACUGUAUACCUGUUUGUAUUUUAUAUGUGUUGUAUUUAUCUAGACUGCAAAAUUAUAGCCAUACUGGUUCAUGUUGAAUUUACUGUGACAUUGAAAUUGUUAAAGAAUUAAACUUUGAAAGAACUUUUGUCUGAUUGCCAAAUGCAAGUCCAAGGCUGUUGGAAUUAGAUUUGCACUUGUAGGUCUCAGAGUUGUUUUUAAGUCACUUAUGCAAUACUAAAACGUUUUAGUGUUGUGUAGCUGUUGGUAGAUAUUUCAUAAAGAAGAUUGUUGUGAAAAAGAAUUAUGAAACACAUUUACAUCAUUCUAGAUGAACUGCCUAAAGGUUACCUACUUUGUUGUCUUUAUUUUAGUUAAACCUAUUUUGUCUGAAUUAUUACAGUAUCUGUCUGUACCUAUGUUUUUAAUAUUCAAAUUUAUAUGUGGAAUAUUUGAAUUGUUACAUGUAUUUUGGUCCUAGUGGAAGGUGAUUCGUUGUGAUUCACUCUUCCUCAGUGUAUCAGUAUGUUGAUUAUUUCAGUAUCACAGGUUACAGCAUUAUAAUAAGUUUUCAUCUAAAUCAAUUUAUCUUUGUUUUACAGGUAUAUUGCAUGACAUUGGCAAAUUGUAUUUAUCUUGUUUUUCAUCAUGUGUACGAGUUUAGUUGCCACUUUAAAGAUGCAAACUACAGUGUUUUAAAGUUAGUCCAUGCAUAAUUGCAAACCUUUCCUAUCUUAGCGGAGUCUUUCAAAUAGAUUUUGUAUUGAUGUAUUUGUUUUCACAUAACUUUCUUUUUAGGCUAAUACAUUUUGAGAUUUGUAUGUAACACUUUUAAAAUAUCACCUUUUGUGUUAUGAAGGUGCUCUAGAAUAA